AAGCGGUCAGACGGCCAGACCACGGAGGAGGACGAGAGGAGAAAGCGUCAAGCUAAAUGUUGCCAGUCAAGACUAGUAAGAGCUGUUAGUUGGGUCUCGUACGCAGUACUCUGGCAACAGGAACACUGUUAAGUAAGGGUGAGCUCCUUACAUGUGUUGUGAGGUUAACACAGCUAUGACAUGCAGUGCAACUUAGCAGGUAUUUUAAAACACAACUAAAGGAGUGAGGAGAGCAGUCAACGCUUAGAAUAAACAGGCAUGACUACACAGCCACCAACACACCCCGGCCAGUCAUUGGUGGCGGCGGCCAGGUUCGUAUGAGCGCUCAGUCCACCACUAACAGCGGGGACAACAGCAAGCAUAGCGAGACCAGCAACAGCCAGGAAGAGAACAGACUUCAACAGUAAGACAACGACGAGAUAAACACCUUACACAGUACCAGGGAGAGGAUGGUCAAAGUGUCAGCAAGAACAGCAGGUACAAGGAAAAAGGCAGAUUUAGCAGCAUAAAGAAUAAACAUUAAGGAUAGCAAGAAUAGUAAAAGAGACGUAAGUAGAGCAUUAACCUCAGAAGCUGUCAAGAGCAGCAGCACCAGUACCAGCAGGCACAGCUGAGGUAAUAAGACAAAAACAUUACUAAGAAAAGUAGGCAUAGCAACGGUAGUAGCAACAGAGACAGCAAUAUGGCGGAGAUGGAGAAGUCGGUCACACAGCUGGUGGAAGAAGUGGAGGAGUGGAAGAAGCCAUCCCAUGCCACCCAGUACUUUGCUGCUUUCUCGGCAUCAAUGAGUGCCAUGGCUGUAGGCGCAGCCAUCGGUUACUCCUCCCCUGCCUCUGCUGCACUUCGUUACACAAACUCCUCUGACGAAAAUUCCGAUGCUUUCUACCUGACCAAGGGGGAAUUAGGUUGGUUCUCUGGGUCCCUCAGCAUCGGGGCGCUCACGGGUUGCAUGCUAGCCGGAUUAUGCAUCAACAACAUAGGCAGGAAAGGCACUAUGCUGGUGUCUGUCGUGCCUCUCUUGAUUGGCUGGAUCCUGAUAGGUUUAGCUCAAAACCUAGCCAUGUUGAUUUGUGGACGCAUCUUGUGUGGAGUGUGUACAGGCAUCAGUUCCCUCGUCGUGCCCACCUACACCACCGAGUGUGCAUCUAAGGACAUCAGAGGAGCCUUGGGAACGGGUUUCCAGUUGUUCAUUACGGUGGGCAUUUUGUACGCUUACCUGUUUGGUUCAGUGAUGGAGUCAUGGCGGUGGCUGACAGCGGUGUGUGCUGUCCUGGGUCUGGUGUUCCUUAUGCUGGCUGUCUUCCUCAAGGAGUCGCCUCACUACCUCCUCUCUAAGGGCAAGGAAGCACAGGCCAGGCAGUCUAUGCAGUACUUUCGAGGUAAGUCCUACGACAUCGAGCUGGAGAUGGCGGAGUUGAAGCAGUCCCUAGAGGAGUCGUUGCAGGUGAAGGUGAAGAUGAGUGACUUGACGAAACCUUACAUCUUGAAGCCGCUGAUAAUCACUAUGCUCCUGAUGGUGUUCCAGCAGAUGGCCGGCGUCAACGCUGUCAUCUACAACAUUGUCAUCAUUUUUCAGGACUCCGGCAAUACGUUAUCCGACGACAUGUGCACCAUUGUCGUAGGUGUCGUGCAGGUCCUGGCCACCGCCUCCUCCACCAUCCUCAUCGACCGUGCCGGGAGGAAGGUGCUCCUCUCCCUCUCUGCUUGCUUCAUGUCAAUUUCCAUAUGUGAGUGUAGUGUCUCAUAAGUCUUUGCAUAAAGAGUGUGAACCUUUCAAGCAUGCAGGUAUCCCCCUGGUUACGGAAGGGUAACGUUCCUAAAAAUCUUUCUGUAAACUGAAAUUUUGUAAUGCGAAACCUUUUUACCAUUGACUCCCAUUAUAUAAGUUAAGAUGCGUACCCAAGGAAAAAAAUUUCAGCCCAAAAAAUAACACAAGCAUAUACAGGUAUAUGAACGAAAAUAAACACAUACAAUGAUUAAUUCAUGAUGUAACACGACAAUAAAUGCACACACUUGAUUUUAACUCACCAGAAACAAUGUUGAGUGCUGCAGGAGGUGGUGAGGUGAAGUGGUGCUACCAGAAUUAUUGGGAGAUACCUCUUUAAAACACCAAGUUUAAUGCCCAAUGCAAUUCCUUUAUGGGAUCUUUUAUUACCACUGCUUUUACUUAAACUUGAUGGUCUUUUUCCACUCAUCUUGAAUAAGGGUACACAGUAACACAGAUGCAUAACUGAACACAAACUGGGGAAAGAAUUCUAACUGAGCAACAUCACUCAGUUGCUGGCAACUGGAGA